UGAGGUCUGAGGCCUGAGUCUUGAUGGAGCAGAGGUCAUAGGGUCACGGCCUGGUGUGAACACAGAAGAGAAACGAAAACAUAUCAAGAGUCUGAUUGAGAAAAUUCCCACGGUCAAACAAGAGCUGAUUAAUUAUCCACUGGACUGGAGCAUGGUGGACACAACAUUAAUGGACAAGAGGAUCCGCCCCUGGAUCAAAAAGAAAAUCAUAGAAUAUAUUGGAGAAGAGGAAGCCACACUAGUUGACUUUGUCUGUUCAAAGGUCAUGGCCCACAGCACUCCAGAGGGAAUUCUGGAUGAUGUUGCCAUGGUACUGGAUGAGGAAGCAGAAGUGUUUAUUGUGAAAAUGUGGAGACUUCUGAUCUACGAAACAGAGGCCAUGAAAAUUGGCCUGGUGAAAUAACAUGAACUGAGAGUGAUAGAAACAAGCAGGUGAGAGGAUGAAGUGAAGCUGGCUUUGCUCUCCUGCUUUUAGAGCCUUUAAAUUAAAGUAUGGUGGAUGAACGCCACAGACUGAAGCUCUUCAACUCUUCCUAUAUACUCCAGAGGAAUAACUGCACAGCUACUGGUGUGUGUGUGUGUAAUAGGCAUGUGCCAUUUGAUCUGACUGCAUUGCCAAAACCGUGUAAAAGUCAAAAGCUUCUUUCAUGCCCAGAUUAAAUGAGGAGUAUAGUUUGGCUGUUUUCCAUUUGACUUAGUUGUUGAUUUUAUUUUCAUUAUUUUCAGUCUCAAGUUUUUAGCACAACCAAUUUAAAUCAGCUUACAUUUUUUCCUUUUAUUAUUUGAGCUUCAUUACAGGAAAGUAUGAUUUUGUUUUGUGUGUGUGCAAAUAUUAUUAUACAAAACAUUAUGUUUGAAUAAGGAUUAAAUAUCUCACUGUAAACAAGCUGAAUGAUGCCAUUACCUGUGGAGAUAUGGAAUUUUCUCCAGGUUUUGUCUGGUGGUUUUGAAUGUGGUGUAUUUUGCACAUGCCAGCGCAUCUGAAGGUUUGUUUCCAUGGUGAUUGAUUUGACUUUGAAAUAUUAAAAUGUUGCAUUUUCUAAACUAGAACCAGUACUGUUGCCACUUUUAUCUUUUUUUUUUUACUUUAAUAGUUCACAGAUCUAAAUAAUUGCUGACCACAGAAGCCGCUGAAAACAAGUUGCAUUAUGUAAUAUAUUUUUGUGACUUGAUGGUUAAUGCUUAACAGAUCAGUGCUUCUAAUGUAUUUACCAGUGAAUUGGGCAGACUAAGGCAAGUUGUCACAGGUUAACUAGAUUUUGAGUUGAAGGUCCAAUUAUUUAAAAAUGACUUUUUCUUCUAAUUUUGCUCUCUGGACAAAGAAUUUUUCAUAAAUGUUGGUACUUGCCGAUACCGAGUACCGAUACCAAUAUUUUUAUUGCAUUUGUAAUUUUUUUUUCUAUUGGGUAUAGAAACCAAAAGAGUAUGUAUAAGGUUAGAGUAUGCAUAGUUAAACUGUGUCAGAACAAAUUAAUCUUGAUAAUGUAAGAUAACUUUGAUAGAAAGGUAUGUAAUGAAUUACAAUAAACCAAAAAUUAUUCAGACAGCUGUUAGUAUGACCGUAUUUACACAACUAACAAUACUUAGUCGGGCAACCCUUAGCCUUAAUGACUGUCUGUAGUCUCCUGG